AUGGAUUUGAUAGGCGAGAUUAAAAUCAAGCAAGAAAAGAUUGAUGAUUAUGAACUGGAUAAUAGGCAACCUUUAUCCUAUAACAGCAACAAUUUACUAACGGAAGUAGUCCAAAUUAGCGACGAUGAGAGCGAUAUUAUCAAUUUAACGGCCAUGGGACGGCAAACCAAUGCCGAGAUAGUGGACAAUAUUUUAACAAAUGAGGCUAAUACGGCCUUGACAGAUGCUUAUACUGAUCAUAGUGCUUUAAAGCAAGACGAAGGGAUACAAGAUAUCUGUUUAAAUGAACCAACAAAUCUUUCUAUCCCGUCGCCCAAUGGCGAUAUCAACCACUCAGGACAGCCUAGUACAACGGAUGAUCCACAACAGUUAAACGCCAAUAUUCACAGGCCCGAUAGGAAUGGGGCAGUAAAUGAGCAAAGUGCGAUCGCUGAAAAACGCAAACAUUCCAAUAGUAAUGCGCAAGAAAAUGAACAACCGGCAAAGAAAGUAAUGGGCGUUUAUGGAGAGAAAAUCAAGAUUUCACAAAUUAGCCAUGCCCAGCCCAUAGACACGAGCCCAAAUCAUCAACAUGAAGACAUCAAUACGAUCGCCAUUAAACUCCCUGAAAACAACCAGAUGACUCAGGAACAAAUUUCAAACUGCGUCUCUGAACAUAUCAAUAAAAUAAAAAUGAAACUCCACCAUGAUUUUCAAGAAAUGUACAAAAUAAAGGUCGAAGAAUUAAAAAAUGAAACUGAUGCUAUUGAGCAACAGUGUAUAACCUUUAGAGACCUCUUCUUAAAAUUUGUGGAUAUUCAUUGUAAAGAAAAGUCCGAUCAACUAUACCAAUCCAUUAGAAAGUUAUCCGAUGAAGCUGGUUUAGCUAAAAAAUACGUUCCUGAAAAUCGAAAAUGUAACGUUGGUAUCCAAGUUGCUUUACCACGUGUAUCUACUCAAAAUAAUGUUGUAAUUCCUAUGGAUUCGGCCGCUGUAUCGAAUUCUAAUGAACGAGUUAGAACAAACACUAUGAAUAGCCAGAGCAAAGGAGAAUCCAUUAAAGUUUCGCUAGCUUCUCAAACUGCAAACCUGAGAACAACACAACCUGGGCCUAUAAAACCCAUUUUUACUUCAACUAAGACUCAUUCUAACAGUAAUUUAACAAAUGGAGUCAACAACAGCGUGAGAAGCCAAGUCGACCCUAAAUCAGUUCGCUAUCAACCCCUUUCAUCGUUGAGAAUCAAUGAUCUACGCCCAAGUGAUCCGAGAAUAUCAUCUAGUGAUGAUCGAUCGUUCUUCUUUCCAUUUCCUGAAAAUAUUUGCAAACAGAAGCUUGUAGAAAUUUAUACGCCUGAGCUAAAGUCGAUAAAAUCACAAGAUCUAAUAAAAUUGAUGUGGACCCUUCCCAAAUGUAGCAAUAAUUAUGAUGCAGUCAUUGGCUAUGACAUCUAUUUUAUUGAGGACUACAGUGUCAUGCAGUCUUCAAAGACCCGUUGGAAAUUUGUAGACACUGUAGAGCCUUUACCCUUGCCGAUGGUUUGCAAUUUAACACCAGCAAGUGCAAGUACUUGCUAUUUUACAUUGAGAAGUAAAUUGAAAAAUAAUUGCUAUAGCCGGUUUAGUAACAUCUGUAAGGUAUUCUACCUUAUGACCGCUUUCUGA